AGGGAGUGGGCUAUUUCAUUGUUUUUCACUCACCACGUUUAUUCCGAAAAAUGUCCUAUGGACAAACAUUAAGAAUAAGCUACGUGGUGAGUUGACACCUAUUCGUCAGCUAGUUAGCAAGGUUAGUUGAUCGUGCUACAUUGUAUGCGUUAUUUGUUGGCAACCUUGUACUUUACGAAGUUUUUGGAACAGAUUCCUGUUGGAACGUUCCACAAAUUAUACCCGCCCCCACAGAACUGACAGGGACAAUUAGUGGAAAACAGGGACAUGGCAGCAUAGUAGUGUGUUUCACUAGAAUACAAUUUCAUGUUGUCAUUUAAAAAAAAAAAAUCUGAUAAUUUCAAACAUUUUUUCUAACAAUAGCUAAAAUUUUGAAAGUAAAUGUUACCGUGAGAACUGUUUUUCUUUGGUGUGUUUCAUUAGUGAAAACAUCUCAAACAUCUAAUCGUCCAAACAGCUCUUUACUCUAUAAUAGGCUGGGCAACGUAUCAGCUACAUAAAUGCGCUAGCGCAAUUCAUUUGUCGCUCUGGAAGAGCUGAUCCAGCAGCGACUUGACUUCUGAUUUUAUCACUCUCACACUAGCUAUGACAAUUACUUUGUCUACUAUUCGACAGACCAUCCCCAACAGUAACGCUGAUGAGAGUCAAAAGAGCCAAAGUGAGGGCACUUUGCACACCCCGCAUACAAUUUGAAGGACCUCUGAUUUGUUUGGUGCAAGCAGCGGCUGAUGUUCUGAACUGAAGCCUAGGUAGCCAUUGUGGGGCCUUGGGACGCCUGCGUUCACAGUGCUGUUUUUAUCUUGCAAACAUGGCGGCCCCUGCUCUAACCAGCCGGGCUGGGUCCGUAAAUAGCUUGGGAAACAGCCCCACCGCGACUCCCAACUCCACGACCAAUAACAACAAGAUCAUCCCAAGCUACCCCGAGCUCGAUUUCAGGUCCGGGGCCAGAAUCGAGGAUUUGAACCGAUUGAUUCAGGAAUUUAGUAAACACGAUCAGCGAGAAUAUGACGACCAGCGAGCGCUCGAGAUCCACACCGCCAAAGAUUUCAUUUUCUCCAUGCUCGGUAUGGUGCAGAAACUGGACCAGAAGCUCCCUGUGGCCAACGAGUACCUACUACUGUCAGGUGGCGUGCGAGAGGGUGUGGUCGACAUGGACUUAGACGAGCUGAGUGUCUACGCCCGCGGCACCGACUAUGACAUGGACUUUACCCUCCUCGUGCCCGCGCUCAAGCUGCACGACCGCAACCAGCCGGUGACUUUGGACAUGCGCCACUCAGCCCUGUGCCACUCGUGGCUGAGCCUGCGCCUCUUCGACGAGGGCACCAUCAACAAGUGGAAGGACUGCUGCACCAUGGUAGACCACAUCAACGGCGCCACCAACUACUUCUUCUCACCCACGCUGGUGGCUGACUGGUUCUACGAGUCCAUCAGCGUGGUCCUGGUGGAGAUCCAGAAGAAGCCCCAGCGCGGCAUGCCCCGCGUGGAGAAGGUGGAGCGGAACGGCACCAUCAUCUCCGUCAUCCUGGGCGUGGGCAGCAGCCGCAUGCUCUAUGACAUCUUGCCUGUGGUCUCCUUCAAGGGAUGGCCGGCGGUGGCCCAGAGCUGGCUGAUGGAGAACCACUUCUGGGACGGCAAGAUCACAGAGGAGGAGGUGAUCAGCGGCUUCUACCUGGUGCCUGCCUGCUCCCACAAGGGCCGUAAGGAGAAUGAGUGGCGCCUGUCGUUCGCCCGCAGCGAAGUGCAGCUCAAGAAGUGCAUCUCGGCCAACCUGAUGCAGGCCUACCAGGCAUGCAAGGCCAUCAUUAUCAAGCUGCUGUCAAGGCCCAAGGCCAUCAGCCCCUACCACCUGCGCAGCAUGAUGCUGUGGGCCUGCGAUCGGCUCCCCGCCACCUACCUGUCCCAGGAAGACUUCUCAGCCCACUUCCUGCUAGGCCUCAUCGACGACCUGCAGAACUGCCUGGUCAACAAGAUGUGCCCCAACUACUUCAUCCCACAGUGCAACAUGCUGGAGCACCUGUCGGAUGAGAAGGCCAUGCUCCACGCCCGCAAACUCAGCUCGGUGCGCUCCGACCCGGCCGAGCACCUGCGCACCACCAUCGAGCAAGCCAAGGCGGCCAACAGGCUGACCCUGGACCUGCAUUGGCGCAGCAGCGCCUCAAACCUGCCGUCGCCACAGUCAGACGCGGGCGGCGAGCACCAGCCGGAUGACCGAUUGGCUAAGAAGCUGCAGCAGUUGGUGACGGAGAACCCCGGCAAGUCCAUCUCGGUGUUCAUCAACCCCGACGAUGUGACGCGGCCGCACUUCCGCAUCGACGACAAGUUCUUCUGAGACCUGAAAAUAGAAAAAUACUACUCCCCCCCACGGCACCCAUUCUUCUCCCAUUUGACUAGAUUGGUCGAGUCAUCAAAUUAGUCGGUUUCCCAAGUAACGGUCGCCACAGAGCGUUGUGAGGUGCUUUUGUCCAAAAGUGUCUUCCCAUUUUGUUUCCCUGUCCCUGACACCUGUCCCCACAGCCCACCAACCCUACAGUAUCCCUGUCACCUUUAGAAGGCCUUUACAGGACUACAUGAAACAGGUGGAAGAAGAGGUACUGCGUCUUGCCUCGGAUGGUUAAGGAAUGUCUUAGUCCCUGUAGGGGAACUGAUGGUACUAACGCCAUAACUGUACAUAGAGAGAGUUGAGUGGAUAUGUGUGUGUGGACUUUGAUCUUAUUUUGCACAGAAUGUAGAGGCACACAGUUAUCAUGUUGGAAGUGCUAUCAAGUGAAGACUGAAAUGUUGCUUAUCUUUUAGGGAGGCAAUUUCAAUGGUCUUUUUUUUCCUCCACUGGGCUAAAUGCUCUGAUUUAUACCUACUGGUUUAGAGCUGUUAUUCCAAUAAGCUGUAUCACAAUGACAAGUUCUUUCUAACUUUACAUUCUCUGUAGUCAUGUCCAUGUCCUAUGUGUAUAGUGAACAGUUCCAGACGUAUCCCGAAUAUGCCAAACACCUGCAGAUAUCUGACCGGCAAUGUGAUACACAUAUCUUCAUCCUCAAGUGCAAUUAGUAAACAAACAAACAAACACACACACACACACACACACCACACCAUACCAUACAUAAAUGUGCUAACACUCAUCAUACACACUCCUGAUCAGUGAAAUGGGGAAUUUAAUACGUAUUUGUGAUAUUCUAGAACUCUGGGACGUUGUCAUUUUGUUUGUCUUUGUUAUAUGGAACUCUGAACCAUUUUACUGUGAGUCUUAUUUUCCAUAUUUGCUGCUGACCUUAUGAAGAUAUUUUAUGAUUAAGUAGUUAUGCAAAUUAAGUUAACAAACACACAAUUAUGAAUUUUAAUUGUACAUGUGCGUAGCUACUGUGUACAGUACAUAGUACUGGAAAACAGCAGUGGGAUCCUGCCUGUAUCAUUUGUAUGGACCACUCUAGCAGUGGCAUUGUCAGCACCGAUGAAUCACGUGGCCUAUCAGACGAAUCCUAUUAAGUCAAACCUGUCAUGGACCAAUCAGAAUGGACCAACCGUGCAACCUCACCAUUGGCAGGGAUCUAACACACUGCCUUACCAUUAUUUCGGACCAAUCACUGGAGUGGCAUGAAGAACGUGUUCUAUGCCUCUACUUUUCCAAAGGCAUACUGGCCGCGUUUCCCGGGCUGACUACAUUACAGACGCCUGCCAAAUCUCACAAUGCCUGGAGAGCUGUCAUAUCACAAUAUAUGAUAUGUCAUAUCACAUCAUAUCAUAUAGCAAUCUGAUGCCUGACUGUACAAAUCGAUCGACCACGGGUUGAUGCAAUGCAACGUCUGCAAUGUAGUUGGCCUGAAACGUGACCAUACUGUAUGAGAGGGAGAGCAAGUCCCCCGUUCGGCCUACAAUGACCACAUCAAAUCAAAUUGUGUGAAUAAUCUGAGAUCUGUGUAGAUGGUAACACUAUAAACAAGCUAAAAUGUAAUUAAACAUAUUUAACAACAA